CCGCGCCAGGAUCCGGAUCGGGGCCGCAGCCAUGAGCGCCCGGGCCACCUCGUACCGCCGCGCCUUCGGGCCGCCGCCGCUGCUCUCGCCGGGCUCCUACUCCUACUCCUCCGCCUCCGCCUCGUCCCGCCUGUCCGCCGCGCGCCUGCUGGGCUCGGGGCCCGGGGCGCCCGCGCAGUGGGUGCGCGGCUCGCUGCGCGCCGCGCAACCGGCCCGCCUGGCCCCGGGCGCCGAGCGGCUGGACUGGGCGCUGGCCGAGGCGCUGAACCGCGAGUUCCUGGCCACCCGCGGCAACGAGAAGGCGGAGCUGCAGGAGCUCAACGACCGCUUCGCCAGCUUCAUCGAGAAGGUGCGCGCCCUGGAGACGCACAACGCGGCGCUGCGCGCCCAGCUGGGCCAGGCGCAGGCCCGCGAGCCCGCGCGCGCCGCCGACCUGUGCCAGGACGAGCUGCGGGACCUGCGGCGCCAGGUGGAGCAGCUGGGCCAGGAGCGCGACCGCGCGCAGGUGGAGCGGGACAACCUGGCCGAGGACCUGGCCGCGCUCAAGCAGAGGCUGGAGGAGGAGAUACACAGGCGUGAGGAUGCAGAGAACAACCUGGUGCUGUUCCGGAAGGACGUGGACGACGCCACCCUCUCCCGCCUGGAGCUGGAACGCAAGAUCGAGUCGCUGAUGGACGAGAUCGAGUUCCUGAAGAAGCUGCACGAAGAGGAGCUGCGUGACCUGCAGGUGAGCGUUCAAAGCCAGCAGGUGCAGGUGCAGGUGGAGAUGGAGACGGUCAAGCCGGACCUGACGGCCGCGCUGCGUGACAUCCGCACCCAGUACGAGAGCAUCGCGGUGAAGAACCUGCAGGAGUCCGAGGAGUGGUACAAGUCCAAGUUUGCUGACCUGUCGGACGCGGCCAACCGGAACCACGAGGCGCUGCGCCAGGCCAAGCAGGAGAUGAACGAGUCCCGGAGGCAGAUCCAGAGCCUGACCUGCGAGGUGGACGGGCUGAAGGGAACCAAUGAGGCGCUGCUGCGCCAGAUGCGGCAGCUGGAGGACCAGUACGGGGUGGAGGUCGGCAGCUACCAGGACACGGUGGGGCGGCUGGAGCAGGAGAUCCAGCACCUGAAGGAGGAGAUGGCGCGGCACCUGCGUGAGUACCAGGACCUGCUCAACGUCAAGAUGGCGCUGGACAUCGAGAUCGCCACCUACCGCAAGCUGCUGGAGGGCGAGGAGAACAGGAUCACGAUCCCCAUCCACUCGCUGGCCUCCCUCAGCAUGAAAACGUCGGUGCCUGAGCCGGAGCAGACCAUGGAGAGCCACACCAGGAAAAUGGUUCUGAUCAAAACCAUUGAGACCCGGAAUGGAGAGGUGGUGACUGAGUCGAGGAAGGAGCAGAGAAGUGAGCUGGACAAGUGAUCCCGGCGCCAGGCCUCUGCCCUGGACCCAGGCGAUGGCGUGAAACUGCGAGACCCCUGCUACAGCCCCCCACCUGCUCCUAGCCACACUGGCCUUAGUACUACUGAUACCUCUGCCGCCCUGCCCAGUCCUCCCAGCCUGCCCACCCUCGUGCUCCCGGAGGGGGGAGCUCAGCCGUACCCACUCACAGCCCAGGGCAGCGGCUCCCACCAGGAAAGGAGCGAGGGGGCCUGCCUCCUGCUCCCCCAUCCCUUUGCCCCUCUCACCUCUGGCCCUCCCCUGUCCUAUGCCCUUGGAUCUGACCUGGCUGCUUUUCCUGCCCCGCCUCAGCCCCAGCUCUGCCUUGGGGGGCAGGGACCUUCCCAGACUACAUGUACUGAGCUGGUAAAGCAGCAUCCUGGCUCCCCCUCCAGCCACUGCCCAUGU